AUGGAUGGGAUUAAAGAGGAAAUUGAUGCUAAGAAAGCUAAGCUUCAAAAGCUGGAAGAGCACAAGAUAAGAAGAGCUGCAGAAUGGGAGCAGUUUCUGAAAGAGAGAAAAUGUCGAGUCCUCGUUCCACUCGGAAUACUCCAAGACGUGGAGGGGAAACUCCGUCCUCUCCGGCAGGGAGCACCAAAUCUGGAUCCUCCAGGUCUCGUUCCAGAGCCCAAGAUAUGGAUGUAUCUGAUAUGUCGGACCUAGCUGCACCUCUUCCUUCAUCUCCAGCAGUUGGACGUUCUCCUGGAGUAGCACCAUCUCCAGCACCUCUCUCAGAACUUGACUACAGGGGACCUGGGAGUGUGAGAGUAAGUGAGAUCGAUCUAUCCUCUCCUCUUAACUAUGGAACUCCGGGUAGUAUUGGAUCCAGUCUGAGAACCCCGAGAACCGGUUCUAGGGGAACCCCGGUCCGUGUUCGCUCCGAUAUCCAAUCUGAUCGUAGACUCCGGACUGUCAAUCUGCCCAGCUCUCAGGACGGGAUUCCUAUGUCUCAAGGAGAUUUGAUUCCCAGCUCCAGUGUGGGUCAGUUACCGAGCGACAUGGUCCCGCCCAGCGAGAACAGUGAGAACGCACCUCACAUGGUCAUCUGGGGAACUGAUGUUCAACUCAAUGAUUGCAAGCGGAAGUUUAAAAGGUUCAUUCAAACCUUCCAGGAUCCGGAGACAGCUGAUGAUGAAGAGUUCGAAGGAUUGGAUCAUACCCAACCCUACUAUCAGCAGAGGUUGAAUGAGAUUACGAUCACGCUGAUUCCGUUCUUGAACGUGAACUCUGGACACAUCCAGGUGUUUGACGAGGAGCUGUACAGGCAGCUCAUUCAGUAUCCUCAGGAGGUCAUUCCCAUCCUCGACAUGGCCGUCAACGAGCUCUUCUUCGACAAGUUCCCGGAUACGGAUCUUGAUCAUCAGAUCCAGGUUCGACCGUAUAAUGCGGAGAAGACGAAAAACAUGAGAGCGUUGAAUCCCAAUGAUAUUGAUCAGCUGAUCACGAUCCAAGGAAUGGUAAUCCGUGCUAGUGAUCUUAUUCCGGAGUUAGCAGAGGGAUUCUUCCAGUGCUCCGUGUGCAACAACACAGCCUCCAAUGAGGUUGAGCGAGGACGUAUUGCUGAACCAGUUCUCUGCUCACACUGCAACACAAACCACAGCUUUACACUCAUUCACAACCGGAGCAAGUUCUCUGACAAGCAGAUGAUUAAACUCCAGGAGAGUCCGGAUGAUAUGCCCGCUGGACAGACACCGUACACUGUCCGUCUCUAUGUCCAUGGAGAGCUUGUGGACAAGGUAAUGCCCGGAGACCGUGUUUCCGUGACUGGUAUCUACAGAGCUGUGCCACAACGUGCCAAUCCUAAGACAAGGAACGUGAUGUCAAUCUACAAGACUCAUAUUGAUGUUGUUCACUUCAGGAAGAGCGACUCCUCCAGGUUGAGGGAUGGGAGUGACGAAGAGAUGUUCACCGCAGAACGGAUCGAACUUCUUAAGGGUCUAUCUGAGAAGCCUGAUAUCUACGAGCGUCUGGCACGAGCUAUUGCUCCGUCUAUCUAUGAGAACGAGGAUAUCAAGAAGGGUAUCCUUCUCCAGAUGUUCGGAGGAACCCGUAAGGAUUUCACUAAGGCAGGACGUGGACACUUCAGAUCUGAACUUAAUAUUCUUCUCUGCGGAGAUCCAGGUACAUCCAAGUCUCAGCUUCUCCAGUACAUAUUCCAUCUUGUCCCAAGAUCACAGUACACCAGUGGUAAAGGUUCCAGCGCUGUUGGUUUAACCGCCUAUAUCACCAAGGACCCGGAUACACGGCAGAUGGUUCUUCAGACCGGAGCUCUUGUCCUCGCCGACAACGGAGUUUGCUGUAUCGACGAGUUCGAUAAAAUGAGUGAUGCCACAAGAUCCGUCCUGCACGAAGUUAUGGAACAGCAAACCCUCUCUAUUGCAAAGGCUGGGAUCAUCUGUCAACUGAACGCCAGAACUUCAAUCCUAGCCGCAGCUAACCCUGUCGACUCCGAGUAUGAUCCUAAGAAAACCGUAUCUGAGAAUAUUGAUCUACCGCCGACUCUUAUCUCCAGAUUCGAUCUGAUAUUCCUGGUUCUGGAUCCAGCAAAUGAACUCUACGAUAAAAGACUGGCCAGGCAUCUUGUUUCUCUCUACUUCAGGGACCAAGAGCAGGAGGAGGAAGAAUGUCUGUCCAUGUCUAUACUCAGAGAUUAUCUUGCAUACGCCAAGUCUAAGUAUAAGCCCAAGAUGAACGAGGAAGCUGGACAGAAGCUGAUUGAUUAUUACGUUACUAUGCGUAAGAUUGGAGCAGGCAGAGGACAAAUAACUGCCUACCCAAGACAGCUGGAGUCCUUGAUCAGGUUGAGCGAGGCCCACGCCAAGAUGAGGUUCUCCCAGGUGGUGGAGAUGAUCGAUGUGGAGGAGGCCUAUCGCCUGCACAGGGAGGCUGUUAAACAGUCCGCUACUGAUCCUCAGACAGGACGGAUUGAUCUCGGGAUUAUCACUACCGGAGUAUCCUCCGAGACCAGGAAGAAACGUCAAGAGGUUGCCGGAGCUCUCAAGGCUUUGUUGGAUAAGAAGGGAAAGGUUGUUUCCCACAACUAUGAUAAGAUCCUACAGGAGAUGAGAUCCAGUAGUGAUAUUCAGAUCACAAGGGAUAUGUUUGAUGACGCCUUGAAGGAUCUUUCUGAUCAAAGAUAUCUGAACAGAACCAAUCAAAAUAUCAGGAUCAUCACAACCCUCGCCAGUUAAACCCAACCCUUCUCCGACAAGAGAUCCGAAUCCGUCCCUACCUUUCCCUCUUCAACCUUACAAUCUAACUUGAGAAACCUUUUUUUCAAACUAUUAUAGAAGUUGAAGCUGUUCUAGAUACAAGUGAUAACCCUUAUAAAUCCUGCGACAUGAUCAAAAAUAUCGAUUUUAUAUUUUUUAUGAAAUAAACCUAUUUUAAACCAAG